CGGCGGCGGGCGGGCGGCCCCCCCGGGGGGCGAGGGCCUAGGGCGGGCGGGGCUCCGGAGGCCUUGUCCCUCGCGGGCGGGGCUGGGCUGCACCCAUGGACGACAGCAAAGUAAGCGGAGGCGCCGCGUCGAGCGGGGGGCGGGGGCGGCCCUUCUCCGUCCCGGGAGGCGGUGGCGGGCCGAGGAGCUGCUGGACGACCCCUCUCGUCCCCCGGCCCCGGGCCUGAGAGCUGGGCGUCGUGGGAGUUGUAGUCCAGCAGCUGCUCCCCCCCCCCCCGAGGAAGGCGACUGGAAGGCAGGGAGUCUCUCCAAGCCAUGGGAUUAUUAUUAUAUACCAAAUGUGUGUAUGCCUUAAUCCCAGGGUUGUCAACCCUUUCGGCCCUGCGUGCCCACUUGCGGGUGUCACAGGCACUCUGCUCUCUGCAACGUGUUUUGUUGGUACAAGCCCCAGGCAGCAGGAGCGCAGUCGAGGCAGAAACAUUCUCAAACCAAAUUCUGCCCGUUUGUUUUCUGUCCUGUUAUAAAUUUUGUAAGAACCACCAUGGAGAACUCUUCCUGAUACUGCCCUGACCGAAGUAAAAUGUGUUUCUGCUUUCUAGGUAGCUGGAGGGAAAGUGAAGAAACCAGGGAAACGGGGCCGUAAACCAGCCAAAAUAGAUUUGAAAGCUAAACUUGAGAGGAGCCGGCAGAGCGCGAGAGAAUGCAGGGCAAGGAAGAAGCUGAGGUACCAGUACCUGGAAGAGCUGGUUUCAAGCAGAGAGAGAGCCAUAUGUGCUCUUAGAGAAGAGCUGGAAAUGGUAAUAUGCUUUUUCUCUUUUCCACCUUACCCCCAGUUUUGAGUCAGUUCUUUGGGUCUAGAGCAUAUUAACAGCUUCUGAGUUGUGUGCGUUCAUGCAAGUACAGCCAUACCUCUUGUUGCGUUUGCUUCAGGUUAAAUCUUUUCAGGUUGCGUCCCACAGCGACCUGGAAGUAACGGAACGGGUUACUUCCGGGCCUCGCCACUCGCGCAUGCACAGGCGCGGGUUGUGUUCUGCUCAUGUUGCGAACGGGGCUCCAGAACGGAUCCCGUUCGCAACCAGAGGUACCACUGUAUGCUGUUUUCCCCUGUGGCCAAUGUCAUGUCCACAGGAUCUCUGCUUAGGUGUCUGAGAGCAGGGAGUUGCCACUCUCUACUUGGAAAUGCUUACAUGCCUGAAGGCAUGUCCUGUUCAAGGAAGAGAACAGAAAACUCGUACAGGAUAUGAUUUUUAAGAUAUUUUUAUUAUUACCCAGUUUUCUUAUGACAGCUGAUUUGAAAACUCUUUAUUGAAAGGCAGAAUGUAAUUACUGUAGCCGAGUAAGGGUUGUUGGGACAGAAAAGUGAGAUGCCCUGUACAUCAACAGAGUUGUGUGUACUUAAACAAACAAACAAAUCCAAAUUAAACUCCAAUAAAAGUUUGACACUAUUUAAAUUAAGCAGAUUUCCCAGGUUUAUUGAUUUUUUUGUCAUCCUUUAUUCUGCCAUUUUUGCCACUUGGCAAGGAACUUCGCAGGACACUGAAAAUAUGGCCCUUGACCAAGAAGAAAAUCUUGCCAAGUGACCAACAGACAAGCAAUCAAGAGAAGAACUUGCUGCAAUGCCACAUAGCCCUGCUGAUGAACAUUUCCACACCCUCAGUCCAGUAAUCUCACAUGUACAACUGCAGAAUUCUCUUUUUUAAAAAUAAGAUUUUAUUAAAGUUUUUCCUAAAACAGGAAAAGGAAAGAAACUAAUCUAAAUAAAAACAAAAAUAAACAGAGAAAGAGAGAACAAAACAAAGGAAAACCAAAAAAAGAAGAAAAGAAAAGAUGAGAAGAAAAAUAAAAGGGACUUCUGAUUUUCCAUCUGUCAGUUAAACAAAACAAAAUAUUCACUCUAGAAUGACACCAAGCUGAUCUACCUUCUGUUAGGCAGUAUCUCCCCAAUCUUCCAACCCAAAUAGAUUAAUUCAUCUUCCUUUUUACAUAAAAAGACCAAAAGAGACUCUUCAUUAUUAAUAAAUGUCAACACUUCCGGGGAGGAACAUGGCAGACGAACGUCUUCCUCAAGCAACUUCCCGAUAGAACUAAUUACAUGCUGAUUGCUGAUAGCCAUGGCUUUAAUCUCUGCUAUUGAACAACAGAACUCUAAUGAUCACAACUGAAAGUAAAAAAGUUCAGCCCUCUGCUUUUGCAAUCCAGUUUAUUUUUAUGUUUGUGUUUUUAGUACAAGCAGUGGUGCUUAGCAAUGGAUCAAGGGAAAAUCCCCUCUGAAAUUAAAGCUCUGCUAAGCGGGGAAGAGCAAAGCAAACCACAGCAGAACUUGGCCAAGGUUGGCAAGGCUUCAAAGAUGGAUGCAAACAGUCACAGUUCCUGUAAGUACUAGUUUAUGAAGGUUCUUAUGGCUACGAGAGUAGACCAAGAUGUGCAGAUGGGGAAGAGGGGUCAUAUAGUCUUACUGUUAAGUGCCUCAAGUGCUACACACUGUACAGCAACUUACAUUUAGAAAGAACAUACCUACCUGGAGGCUUAUUAAUAGGGUAAUGUGAAAAUAACAGCAUAGGUCCAUCACAAAAUCAUGGAUUGUCCUGUGAGCACCCUGGCUGAGCAGAUGUGAAGGAGAAGCUGUUUGAGUGCCUUUCUCUUUGUUAGCCAUUCCCUUUUUUAUUAGUUUGUGAACCUGCGGGGAGGCCAACUUAUUUUUUAACUCAUUCACAGAGCUUAGAAAAUUCCAGGUGCUUUCUUAAGGGCUUAUAAAAAUGGGUCGAGGGACAGGGUAGCUCAAGGUCUACCUUUUCCUGUCUUCUUGGUCUCCGUGAUCGGUCUCAGAGGCCUUUCUGGUGAGCUGGGCAGGGACCUGUGAUAUGGCAUUUUCAGUUUCCGACACCUGGACUCCCAGUGCCCCUGCCUGAUGUCUUCUGAGGUGAAGACCUUUUUAUUUGCCCUGACCUUCUAGGUCCAGUUUUUAUGUAUCGGUUUGUCUGACUGCCCCUGGUUUUCUAACCAUGGAUUUGUUAUUUCUGUGUACAGGUGAAACUCAGAAAAUUAGAAUAUUGUGGAAAAGUUCAUUUAUUUCAGUAAUUCAACUUAAAAGGUGAAACUAAUAUAUGAGAUAGACUCAUGACAUGCAAAGCGAGAUAUGUCAAGCCUUUAUUUGUUAUAAUUGUGAUGUUUAUGGCGUACAGCUGAUGAAAACCCCAAAUUAACAAUCUCAGAAAAGUAGAAUAUUAAAUGAAAUCAGCAAAACAAGGACUGCAAAUAGAGCAAUAUUGGACCUCUGAGAAGUAGAAGCAUGCACAUGUACUCAGUACUUGGUUUCGGCCCCUUUUGCAUCAAUUACUGCCUCAACGCAGCGUGGCAUGGAUGCUAUCAGCCUGUGGCACUGCGGAGGUGUUAUGGAAGACCAGGAAGCUUCAAUAGCAGCCUUCAUCUCUUCUGCAUUGCUCGGUCUCAUGUCUCUCAUCUUUCUCUUGGCAAUGCCCCAUAGAUUCUCUAUGGGGUUCAGGUCAGGUGGGCUUGCUGGCCAAUCAAGCACAGUAAUCCCAUGGGCAUUGAACCAGGUUUUGAUACUUUUGGCAGUGUAGACAGGUGACAAAGUCCUAUUGGAAAAUGAAAUCAGCAUCCCCAUAAAGCUCGUCUGCGGAAGGAAGCAUGAAGUGCUCCAAAAUCUCCUGGUAGACGGCUACGUUGACCCUGGACUUAAUGAAGCACAGUGGACCAACACCAGCUGAUGACAUGGCUCCCCAAAUCUCUUUUCUGAUGAGAGCAGCUUUUGCAUCUCACUUGGAAACCAAGGACCCAGAGUCUGGAGGAAGAAUGGGGAGGCACACAAUGCCAGAUGCUUGAAGUCCAAUGUGAAGUUUCCACAGUCUGUGUUGAUUUGGGGAGCCAUGUCAUCAGCUGGUGUUAGUCCACUGUGCUUCAUUAAGUCCAGGGUCAACGCAGCCAUCUACCAAGAGAUUUUGGAGCACUUCAUGCUUCCUUCCGCAGACAAGCUUUAUGGGGAUGCUGAUUUCAUUUUCCAGCAGGACUUUGUCACCUGCCCACAGUGCCAAAAGUACGAAAACCUGGUUCAAUGCCCAUGGGAUUACUGUGCUUGAUUGGCCAGCAAACUUGCCUGACCUGAACCCCAUAGAGAAUCUAUGGGGCAUUGCCAAGAGAAAGAUGAGAGACAUGAGACCGAGCAAUGUAGAAGAGCUGAAGGCUGUUAUUGAAGCUUCCUGGUCUUCCAUAACACCUCAGUAGUGCCACAGGCUGAUAGCACCCAUGCCACGCCGCAUUGAGGCAGUAAUUGAUGCAAAAGGGGCCCAAACCAAGUACUGAGCACAUAUGCAUGCUUCUACUUCUCAGAGGUCCAAUAUUGCUCUAUUUGCAGUCCUUGUUUUGCUGAUUUCAUUUAAUAUUCUAAUUUUCUGAGAUUGUUAAUUUGGGGUUUUCAUCAGCUGUACACCAUAAACAUCACAAUUGUAACAAAUAAAGGCUUGACAUAUCUCGCUUUGCAUGUCAUGAGUCUAUCUCAUAUAUUAGUUUCACCUUUUAAGUUGAAUUACUGAAAUAAAUGAACUUUUCCACAAUAUUCUAAUUUUUUGAGUUUCACCUGUAUGUGCACCCUUCUCCCUUUGGUAGCCACUAUAUGGGAAGCUUUUGCCUGAAGAGUAGGGUGCAGACCCCUCAAAUUAAAAAUAGAAGGCUAAUUAUGUGGUGGAGGGGAAGUGAGGCCACAGUGUGAAGCCAGGUUGGAUGGCUUAUGAAGCAGCUCAAUACUUAUUCAAUUCAUUGAAUUCCGUCCAUACAUUCAACUGAAAGUCCCCAAGUCUUGAGCAAUGAAGCAAUGUACACCCUUAAGUAAACUUGCCUUCUAUGCUUCAUGUAAGGCCAUUGUCUUAACAUCUUGUGGUUGCAUCUUGUCUUUGUCACUUAUUUGCUGGUGGCAUCAAUCUGUAGGAUUGGGAAUGUUAUUCUGUCUUUUGUCCAGCAAAUUUUCUAGUCAGUACCUAAGCAACACUUACAUGUAAGUUCUUGUUUUGCCUAGCCAAUUACAGGUUCUUUAAUGGAUCUUUGAUAGACAAUAAAACACUUAUUGAGGGGAAAACUUUUGUUUGAACAAAAUAAACUUCUAAUGUAAAACUUCCCCAAUCAAUGAACCACUCUCUUACACAUAAAAACAAUCCCAAAUAAACUGUCCCCACAAGACCUUCACCCAGACAAACCAGAUACAGCAUCAGAUCACCAAAUUUCUUGUUCCAGCCAUGGGGAGCCCCUGGAGCAGUUGUGUCUGGUCCGUGAUGCAGCAACAUCAACUAUGUUGUCCUGUACCCAAGCUCUGCAUCAUUUAUACCUGCCAACCCCAACCAGGCAGGGCUGGCUCCUUCCACGGCUGCUACCUGUGGUGAUUAGGGCUCCUUCUGGUCCCAUAAUCUGGGCAAUUGAGCUCCGGCUGGGACACCCACAAGGUCAGGAGUGCUCCUGUGAGGACUUAUGGCCUUAAAGGAAAGGUUGAUUGCGCAAGGCCAAUCUUACGCCUCACAGUGGGUUACUAGACAGAAUAUAAAAGCCUCUUUGCUUUUCUGCAGUCCUAAGCCAUGACUUGGCUUAGCAUGGUGUUUGAACCCGGUUUCGUUCUCCAAGGCAAACCACCACCAUUGGAAAAACCUGCGUUUGGGUUACAGGGUGUGGUUAAUGUGUGGAAAGUUAACCCAGGAGCCUGUGUUUGAAUGACAUGCCAAGCAAUGAUUUAGUACAGCAGAAUGACCCAAAGGAGGAGCAAAUCAGCCAUUAUUUCCUCUCUCAGAGCACAUGCAUUCAUACUAAGAUACAGUUUUAGCUUCACAUGUUGUGCAAGCCAGACCACUACAUGCUUGGUGGGUUGUAUUUUGAACUGAGCGAAGGCAGAGGGGUCAUCAGGAUUACAGUGGUGCCUCGCAAGACGAAAUUAAUCCGUUCCGCGAGUGUCUUCCUCUAGCGGUUUUUUUGUCUUGCGAAGCAACCCUAUUAGCGGAUUAGCGCUAUUAGCGGUUUAGCGGCUAUUAAAGGCUUAGCGGCUUAGCUGCUAAAAGGCUAUUAGCGGCUUAGCGGCUUAGAAAAAGGGGGGGGGGAGCGAAAAAAAAUCUCAAGACUCGCAAGACAUUUUCGUCUUGCAAAGCAAGCCCAUAGGGAAAUUCGUCCUGCGAAGCAACUCAAAAACGGAAAACCCUUUCAUCAAGCGGGUUUUCCGUCUUGCGAGGCAUUCGUCUUGCGGGGCACCACUGUAUCUCACUCCUACAGAAACUGAGUCACUGGCAAAUGGCUCUUUAACCUUCCAUCAGAUAAUUUAAUGCUGGCUAUAACAAAUGUAGAUAAGAUUUCUUGGCUGACUGGUUGAAAUUGUGAAUAGCUAUAAAAUAUUGUUGUAUUUUAUUUCUCUUUCAGGGUGAAGGUGGAACAGCCAAGAUCAAAGUCCCUAUUUUAUACUACCAACACUGAUUUGUAGUCUUUAUGCUAAGCUUCCCUUCCACUAUGAUGUGUGGCAAUGCUGCAUCAGCAAAGAACUUGAUCGUUGAGGUGAAUUACCAAAAUAACCCAAUGGCAAGCCAACAGAAUUAAACCUACAACUUAAAAAAACCCCCAGUUUGUUAUAUAGAUAUAGAAACUACAACUUACGUGUAUGUAGAUAUUUCUGCUGUGACAGUGAAGGAAAUUUCCGAACUUGCUGUUAUAAUUGCUCAUGGUUUAUGUGUUGGAUUUUUCUGUUUAGUAUUCAUAGGAGUGGCUAUUUAAGAAACCAUGUGCAGCAAAGGCUGAGAUCUUGGCCAUCUGGCAUCAAAGUAGUCUGUUAUGUGUAUGGUAUUUAUCUGUGGUCCAUGUUGUAAUAAUAAUUCCAGUUUCCUAUGGUGGGCUGCAAAUAUGUAAUGGGUUUACACUUCUGUUAUUUCUGACCUAGUGCAGCAUUGUGGCUGAGAAUAGGAGGUUCCUGGUUCAAAUCUCGCCUCUGCCAUGAAUUCCCUUAGGCAAGGCAAUUCAGAGUGAUCAUACUGACUUUCUUUCUACAGGGUUGUUUUAAGCAUACAAGCGCUAUCAUGUCUGUGAGAUGCUUUUUGCGUACAUUCCUAUGCAAAACUCCCUGCAGACAAAAAACUAGCACAGGUGCAGGUGGGAAUGGGCUGUUCUGCUAGGUGUGUGCUUGCUUUUUUGGUAGUAAGGAACCAAUCAAAAACAGUAUGUCCCACCUACUGUCUAUAGUGCUAAAGUCCUUCUGUCACCUCAGUCUGCCACCUGUGUAGACCAGGCCUCAGUCAAUGUUUCCCAAACACUUGACAGGCAAAGAACUGUAAAUAAGUGUAUUGUUAAAUCAAGCUUGAAGGGAGACUUUCCAUUCUUUUUCAAAAAGAUAUCUCUGUUUGCAGAAUUAAUGGACAGGCAUUCUCCUUGCAGUUCCAGUUAACAUGGCUUCCCACCCUCCCUUUUGCCCAGUCAGCCAGGGAUCGGGGAUGGCACUGUGUUGGCUGGGUCAUGCCAGCACUCCUGGGAUUCUCCCACACCCACCAGCUCUGGGGCAAGCUCCAUUAGCAGCCCCCUGUGUCCCAUUUCUCCUUUGGGAUGAUGUCACUGUCCACUUAUUGGCAGAGAGCAGGGGAAGGCAGCCCCACACAGGAUCGCUCUGCACUGAGCAGCAUGAGAGUGGUGGUGAAGAUGUCCAACAUAGUGGCUUAAACGUACCUUUAUAAAAAUGGAGCCAUGCUUGUGAGCCCUAUUCCCACAGUUGGUGAAUUGCUGUUCUAUGCCACAGUCAGGCCUCUGGGCCAUCCUCCUCCCAUUCAGGCAUGCCACAUGCCGGCACUCCUUAAGGCUCCCCUACUGCAGGCCUACCCAGCCACGGAUUAAUUUGACCUAUUAAAUUAAAUCUUUCAAGGGUUCAUUGUUUUGUGACAUGAGAUGGCCCUUUUUACACCCAAGUGAAACUAUCUCCUUGAAAGUAAAAUGCUGCUGGAGUGUAUCUGAACAGGCACCCUUUUGCUUUAGACUUCUUUAGCUUGUGUAACUGUGUGCCUGUUUGGAACCUGCUUAUUGAUGCUAUCAUUGAGUCAAAACCUAAUGCAUUAUUCCUUGCUUCCUCAACGCACCCAAGGAGCAGCUGAAUGGGAAUGGGGUGGGAUGGCAUUUCUCACCUGGCUGGCUGACAGCUGGAGAAAGAGAGGAAGAGAAAUGGUCUGCCUAUCUCUCAUCACAUUGACUUUGCUCUUGCUGAAGUGACUUCAUUAGUGGGACCGCGCAUAAAUUAACAAGAGGGUGAACUGGGGUGGGGGGGCGUAUUUUAGGCAGCAUGUUGAGUAGACGUAUUAUAAGAGGCUGACUCCAUGCAGGGCUUUUGAUGCAGGAUGCCCUGCAGACUCCAUUUAGAGCAGAGCUUUCCAAACUUUUCAUGUUGGUGACACACUUUUUAGACAUGCAUCAUUUCGCGACACAGUAAUUCAGUUUUACUAGCAAACUCGAGGUCAAACUAACCCCUUAUAAGAUCGUUCACGUGACACACCUACACAUUAAUGUGUUGUGACACACAGUUUGGAAAGCUCUGAUUUAGAGUCUGACUGUAGCAUUGUGCAUCAGAAAGGGAAAAUUUAAUCUCUUUCAGCUUGAUGUCUUGGAUCACUCACAUAUAUUUGCUGUGAAGAAAACACUUAAAUUCUUGUAAGACUCCCAAGUCUGUCCUUUUUUGUUUUAUAUUAAAGUGGAUGUAACUUCAAACAUUUGUUCACUUUUUAUUAGCAGGGGUAACAAAAAGCUCUUCAUAGGGUGGGGGCAGAAAGAAGGACUGUGUUGAACACUGUCCUCUGCACUUCAGGGCCAGAACAGCUAUGACAUUAAGUGCUUUUAGUAUAUUCCUGCCCUGCCCUGUCCCACCCCUUAACAAGGGUG